CAACUCAUGGAAUCUCUUUCUUUCAUCAACAACUUUCACAAAGCAUUUCUCCAUUUUCAAACAAAACACAAAGCUAAGAGUUUUCCAAUUAAGAAGAAAAAGGAAGAGAAAAAGAUGAGUUCAAGGAGCAAAGCGUGGUUAGUGGCAGCAACCAUCGGAGCCGUGGAGGCCUCCAAAGACCAAUUAGGUCUAUGUAGGUGGAAUUACAUGAUCCGAUCUGUGAAUCAACGUAUCCGAAACAACGUGAAAUCCGCUGCUCAGGCGAGCAGGUUCUCUUCUUCGUCCGCCACCUCCGUUGCCGCCGGUAAGGAUGGUGACAAGGCGAAGCAAGCUGAGGAGUCUCUCAGAACGGUCAUGUACUUGAGCUGUUGGGGUCCUAAUUGAUGAAGACAAAUGGACAGAGAUUUUUAUUAUUGCUUUUGCCAUCGAUUGGAUCCGACAUGUUUGCAUCUAUAUGGAUAGAGAUUUUUAUUUUCAUUGCCAUCGAUUGGAUUUGGACCCGACAUGUUACAUCUAUGAGCGUUGCAAUGAGAAGCCUAAAUAGACGCUAUGGGUUUUGAUGGGUUGUUUCUGGAUUAAAUUAAAUGAUAGGAUUCGAAUUGUCCAAGGGAAAAAUGAUUCUUGUACAGAAUGUAGAGAUGAAUAUAAUUUUUUUUUUAAGUUCA